GGGAGCAGAGAGGAGCCCAGCCUGGCCCCAAACACAAAUGGGACCAUGAACUCCAGCUGCAGCUUCACCCAGAACCGCUCGGCCUCCCCCCAUGGGACAGGAGGUGGCCGGAGCUGGCCUGGGGGCUUCCCCCGGGACCCCAGCGUCCAAGGCGGCGCAGGGGGUUUCCGAGUCUCUCUUUCCUUCCCCAGGCCGAGCUGUCCACCCCGGGGAGGGUCUUGGGGAUCCGAAAGGGGUGGGCCCCUGCUGGGCGGAAACGGGAAGGAGACCAUGCAGAACCUCAACGACCGCCUGGCCUCCUACCUGGACAAGGUGCGCGCCCUGGAGGCGGCCAACCAGAAGCUGGAGAGCCGCAUCCUUCAGUGGCAUAAGGAGAGAGAUUCCGGCGGCAAGAAAGACUACUCCCAACAGGAGGAAAACAUCAGCCACCUGCAAGAGCAGAUAGUGGACAGCAAGAUGGCCAAUGCCCACAUCCUGGUUCUCAUCGACAACGCCCGCAUGGCGGUGGAUGACUUCAACCUCAAGUACGAAAAUGAGCUCUCCCGAAAGAAAGACCUGGAAGUUGAAGUCGAGGCCCUGCGAAGGACCCUGGACGACCUGACCAUUGUCACAACGGACCUGGAGCAGGAGGUGGAGGGGAUGAGGAAAGAGCUAAUCCUCAUGAAGAAGGGACACGAGCAGGCGGUGGAGGGGCACCCGGUGCCUGAUGACUUCAAGGUCAGUGUGAAGGUGAACGCGACGCCUGGAGAAGAUCUGACCAAGGUCUUGGAGGACAUGAGACAGGGUUACGAGUCUGUGAUGAGGCAGAAGCAGAACGACUGGGACUCUUGGUUCCGGGAGCAGUCAGCGGCCACGUCCCACGAGGUGCCCAGACCCGCCGCCGUGCAGGGCAACCAAGGCGACGUCCAUGAGCUCAAGCGCACUUUGCAGGCCCUGGAGAUUGAUCUGCAGGCACAGCACGACAGGAAAUCCGCUCUGGAGAGCACGCUGGGGGAGACCCAGUCCCGGUACUCCUGCCAGCUCCGGGACGUGCAGCUCCUCAUCUCCUGCUACGAGAAGGAGCUGCUGCAGCUGAGCCACAACCUGGAGCGGCAGAACAGCGGAUACCAGGCGCUGCUGGGCGUCAAGACCCACCUGGAGAAGGAAAUCGCCACCUACCGCCGGCUCCUGGAGGGCGACCGUGAGGGGGCAAUGGAAGAAUCUGGAUCCGGCAUAGAAGAAUCUGCAGCUCCUAAGAUCAAGGCCAUCACUCAGGAGAGUGUCAAUGGAAGAAUAGUUUUUUCUCAAGUGAAUGAGAUCCAAACACAUGCAUGAGGCCAAUAAAAGUUUCUGCCUGUUGUAAAAACUACCUUUCCUCAACGGAAGUCCUUGUCUAGACACUGGUGGGUGAGUCCUAAAAGGUAUCCUUGGAGUUAUCAGCUGAGAAACUUUCACUAUUUUUCUCUGUAACAAUCUCAUCCAACUUCCCCUAAUGCUUUUGAUAUACGGUUGAACUUUUCCAGUCUAAGUAUAAAUGUAUGAGUUGAAAGUUCUAUCGCCUACUGUGGUCUUCAGAUUCCCAUCAAUGUGCAUGUGGUUUGUCACCAAUAAAACUGUACA